AUGGCUUAUGUCGUGCCCAUUCAUCGGGCAAGCAGUAUCCGCCAUGCGGUGAAGCUCAACUUUUUUUCUCCGGACGAAGAGUGCCUAGUCGCAGCUAAAGCCAGUCGUCUUGAGUUCUACACUCUUACACCGGAUGGAAUCGUCCUGACUGGGACUCGUGCUCUGAAUGCGCGGGUCACUAUGCUCGCGCGCCUGCCCGCACCAACAAAUUCCCCAACCGACCACCUCUUCAUCGGCACAGACCAGUACAAUUAUUUUACAAUAGCAUGGGACCGCGAAUCAAACCAGAUCAAAACAGCGCGCAGCUGCGUCGACAUUGCCGAGCCCUCGUCUCGGGAGUCCCAGUGCGCACCGCGAUGUCUGAUCGAUCCCACGGGACGGUUCAUGACGCUCGAAGUAUACGAGGGCGUGAUAGUUGUUGUGCCGAUCGUGCAACCGACGAAGAAAAGAGGUCGGAUGUCGAUGGGAGGGCCACAGGCUGACCUGCCGCUGCAGGUGGGAGAACUCGAUAAACCGACUACAUCCCGCAUUGAUGAGCUUUUCGUUCGAUCCUCGGCAUUCUUGCAUUCGGAAUCUAACCCCUGGCUGGCAUUGCUCUACGAAGAUAAUCAGCAGAAGGUACGGCUUCGAAUCCGCGAGUUGGAUUUCACGCCAGGCACUGCGGGGACUUUGGCAGAUGCUACUUUCAAGGAGGUGCAGAAGUUGGAGGGGGAACUUGAUCUUGGGUCAUCGCAUCUUAUCCCUAUUCCCGCUCCGUUGGGCGGGUUAAUUGUGCUUGGGGAGACUUCGAUUAAGUAUAUCGACGAUAAUGCCAAUGAUGUGAUUACGCGGAAUCUUGAUGAGGCGACGGUCUUCGUGGCCUGGGAGAAAGUCGAUAGUCAGCGGUGGCUGUUGGCUGAUGACUAUGGGAGGCUAUUCUUCCUGUCUUUCAUUCUGAACAACUUGGGUGAAAUCGAUGACUGGAAGCUCGAGUAUCUCGGCAAGACGUCUCGUGCAUCCGUGUUGGUCUAUCUCGGCGGAGGCAUGCUGUUUGUUGGAUCGCAUCACGGCGACUCACAGGUUCUCCGGCUGGAUGGAAGCUCGUUUGAGGUCAUCCAGACAUUGUCUAACAUCGCACCAAUCCUCGACUUCACUAUUAUGGAUCUUGGAAACCGUACAAGUGAGAGCCAAACACAUGAGUUCUCAUCCGGACAGGCUCGAAUUGUGACUGGUUCUGGUGCCUUUGACGACGGGACGCUGCGAAGUGUGCGUAGUGGUGUUGGCAUGGAAGAGUUAGGUGUGUUGGGGGAAAUGGAGCACAUCAGUGAUCUCUGGGGACUGCAAACUCGAAGCAAAGACGACUUUCUGGAUACGCUUAUUGUUACAUUUGUUGACGAAACGCGUGUGUUCCAGUUUAGCACUGACGGUGAAGUUGAAGAGUUGGAUAACUUCCUGGGGCUUUCACUCACAGAAUGUACUCUUCUCGUCACAAGGCUCCAGGGUGAUCGCAUCCUUCAGGUCACAGAACAACGAGUGCUGGUGGCUGAUCUAGAAAGCGGAAUGGUGACAUUUGAAUGGGCACCUCAGGACCAGAAGCUGAUUACUGCCGCGUCGGCCAACGAGGACCAUCUGGUUCUCGUUAUCAGCGGCCAAAUUGUGGCAUCUUUUGAUAUCGGAGACAAUGUCCAGAUCAUCACGCAGAAGGAUCUCGGUGCCGACCAGCAAAUCUCUGGCCUGACUGUCCCAUCAUCACCAACGGGGGUUUUCAUCGCAGGGUUCCCCCAAUCAGCCAAAGUUUCAAUCAUGGCUAUUAAGGACGUUGCUGUUCUUCAAACGAAAUCCCUAGGUCCUACUGGGGAGAGCUUCCCUCGGUCAGUUCUUGUAGCUGAAGUGCUCGCAGACAGCCAGCCUACUCUCUUCAUUUCCAUGGCCGAUGGCUGCGUCAUUACAUUCUCACUAAACCCACAAGACUACUCGCUAAGUGAGAUGAACAAACUGAUCCUUGGUUCCGAGCAACCCAUAUUCAAGAAACUCCCCAAGGGUGAUGGCCUAUACAACGUCUUCGCUACGUGCGAGAACCCCAGCCUGAUCUACGGCUCCGAAGGCCGGAUCAUCUACUCUGCAGUGAACUCCGAGGGCGCAUCACGGGUAUGUCAUUUGAACGCAGAGGCAUUCCCAGAUUCCAUCGCUGUGGCAACCGAGAAAGAGCUGAAGAUCGCGCUGGUUGACAAAGAGCGCACAACGCAAAUUCAAACGUUACCAAUGGGCUCUACUGUUCGACGCGUUGCAUACUCUCCUUCCGAGAAGGCAUUUGGAAUUGGCACGAUUGAUCGCAAGCUCGUGAAUGGCGCAGAGGUUGUCAAGAGCCACUUUGUCCUUGCUGAUGAGAUCAUGUUCCGGCGCCUUGAUGCGUUAGAACUGGGACCUGACGAACUGGUGGAGAGUGUUGUUCGCGCUGAGCUGCCGGCAGGGAAAGAUGAAAAUGGAAAAGAGAUCUUGAAGGACCGAUUUGUUGUCGGUACGGCAUUCGCAGACGAAGAGCAAGAGGAGUCGAUCCGCGGGCGGAUCCUUAUUCUAGAAGUCGACCACGGCCGUAAGCUGAGCCAAGUCGCGGAGCUACCUGUUAUGGGCGCCUGUAGGGCUCUUGCUAUGAUGGGCGAUUGUGUUGUUGCGGCACUUGUCAAGACUGUCGUUGUGUAUAGAGUCAAAAUCAAUAACGUUGGACCGAUGAAGCUCGAAAAGCUCGCUGCAUACCGGACCUCCACCGCACCAGUCGACGUAAUAGUCGUCGACAACCUAAUCGCAGUGGCAGAUCUCAUGAAGAGCCUUUGCCUUGUCAGGUAUACACCGGGUCAUGCCGGGGAACCUGCGAAGCUGACCGAAGUCGGUCGUCACUAUCAGACCGUUUGGAGUACAGCAAUUGCCUGCGUUGGAGACGAGACGUUCCUCCAGAGCGACGCUGAAGGAAACCUUAUCGUUCUCUCGCGGAAUAUGAACGGAGUCACCGCGCAGGACAAGCACAGACUAAUGCCUACUAGCGAAAUUUCACUAGGGGAGAUGGUCAAUCGUAUCCGACCAGUUAAUAUUCCACAGCUUUCCAGCGUUAUGGUGACGCCGCGGGCGUUUAUGGCAACAGUCGAGGGCUCCAUCUUCCUCUUCGCUGUUAUCAAUCCCGAACAUCAAGAUUUCCUCAUGACGCUGCAAGCCUCUCUAUCGACCAAAAUCAACUCAUUGGGCAACUUGUCAUUCGACAAGUUCCGAAGCUUCAGAACUAUGGUGCGCAGCGCUGAGGCCCCGUAUCGGUUCGUGGAUGGUGAGCUUAUUGAGCAGUUUUUGAACUGCUCACCAAGCAUGCAAGAGGAGAUUGUGCAGGAGAUUGGCUCAUCAGAUGUCGUGGAGGUUAAGAGAAUGAUUGAGGCCUUGCGGAGGCUUCACUGA